AUGAAGCUUCAAGAUAUUGAUCAGCUUUUCAGUGGCCCAAAACAAAUGAUCCCAAAAGUAACUUUAAUAGCAAUCUUAGCCAUACUUAUAUUUACUAUCACCCCACUAUGCUACCCUUUGGUUAAUUACACUUCAUUCUUGAAGAUCAACAAAUAUAAGAAGCCAUCUCCUCCACAUGAUGAGCCAGCAACCUUGCCCUCAACGUAUGUAAAAAAAUGUGACAUUUUCAAAGGGGAAUGGGUGCCAAAUCCAAACGCACCAUAUUACACAAACAAAACAUGUUGGGCAAUUCAUGAGCACCAAAAUUGCAUGAAGCAUGGAAGACCUGACUCAGAGUUCAUGAAAUGGAGGUGGAAGCCAUAUGAGUGUGAAGUUCCCAUAUUCAAUCCUUUCCAGUUCCUUGAAAUUGUGAAGGGAAAAUCUAUGGCUUUUGUUGGAGAUUCAGUGGGAAGAAAUCAGAUGCAGUCUAUGAUUUGCCUCCUAUCAAGGGUGGAAUGGCCUGUAGAUGUAUCAUACCCACCGGGUGACUUUUUCAUCAAGCGAUGGAAAUAUCCAAGUUACAACUUCACUAUGGUCACUUUUUGGACACCCCAUCUAGUAAGAGCAGAAAAGGCAUAUUCAAAUGGUUCAAGUCACAUUGAUCACUUCAACCUUUAUCUUGAUGAGUUUGAUGAAAAGUGGACAACCCAAAUUAAAGAGUUUGACUAUGUCAUCAUAGAUGGAGGACAUUGGUUCUUUGGGCCAAUGGUGUUCUAUGAGAAACGAAAAAUUAUUGGAUGUCAUAAGUGCCUUUUAGAAAAUGUCACUAACUUAACCAUGUUUUAUGGUUAUAGAAGGGCUUUAAGUACUGCUCUUAAAGCCAUCAGCAGCUUAGAAACUUUUAAGGGUAUAACAUUUCUUAGAACAUUUUCACCUUCUCAUUUUGAGAAUGGGUCAUGGGAUCAUGGUGGGAAUUGUAUUAGAAAUAAGCCAUUUAGUAGUAGAGAGACAAGAUUAGAGAGUCUUUUUUUGGAAUUAUAUAAGAUUCAAUUGGAAGAGUUCAAAGUUGCUAGGAAAGAAGCAAAAAUGAAGGGUUCAAAAUUCAUGUUGUUUGACAUCACGCAAGCAAUGUUAUUAAGACCAGAUGGUCACCCAAGUAAAUAUGGGCAAUGGAUACAUGAAAACAUGACAAAAAGUAAUGACUGUGUACACUGGUGCUUGCCAGGGCCCAUAGAUACAUGGGGUGACUUAUUGUUGGAAAUGUUGAAGAUGAAGGAAAUGAGAAAUGCUGAGGAAUAA